CUUACAGAGAGAAAAAAAAGACGAGGACGUGAAACAGGCUACCAUCACGCAGCGGUAGUAGAAGUUGGCGCUAUGGUCCUUCAAAAUAUGUUUAGCGCUUUGUCUUUCUUACAUUAUCGUAAAGAUGAUGAUUUUGUUGAUCGUUUAUCAUAUUUUUAUACGUCUUCAUUUCUUAUAAUGAUGGCUGUUUUAGUUAGCUUCAAACAGUUCGGCGGACGACCCCUCGAAUGUUGGGUUCCAGCACAGUUUACAAGUUCAUGGGAAGCAUAUGCAGAAAUGUACUGUUGGGCACAAAAUACCUACUGGGUACCAAUCGACCAGGAAAUUCCAGUAGAAAUAUCUGAGCGCGAAUAUCGCCAAAUUUCAUACUACCAAUGGGUUCCAUUUUUCUUAUUAAUUCAAGCCUUCCUUUAUUAUAUUCCGUGCCUAAUGUGGCGUUUAAUGAGUGAUAAAUCAGGUAUAAAACUAAAUGAUAUUGUGCAAGUAGCUACCGAAAAAGAAAAUAUCGAACCAGAAUAUAGAAUUCGAACCAUAGAAUCACUUUCAAGGCAUAUCGAAUCAGCUUUAAGAUAUCAGCACACCGCUACAUCUAGAACUCAAUAUACGCUUCAUCGUGUAUUUAAAUGUUUCAAUUUACGAUAUUAUGAAAGUUAUGUGACUGGCCUCUAUCUCGCAACCAAAGUGAUGUAUGUGGGGAAUAUUCUAACAAAUUUAAUACUUGUGAAUAAAUUUCUUGAAACGGAUGACUAUUCAAUAUAUGGCUUUGGAGUUGUAAGAGAUUUACUAUAUGGACGUUCUUGGAUGGAAUCUGGAAAUUUUCCUCGAAUAACACUUUGUGAUUUUGAAGUACGCGUUCUUGGAAAUACUCAACGACAUUCUGUACAGUGUGUUUUGGUGAUAAAUAUAUUUAAUGAAAAAAUAUUUAUCCUUAUUUGGUUAUGGUUCUCAAUAUUAUUUGUUGCUGCAGCACUUGAUGCGAUGUAUUGGUUUAGCAUAUCACUAUUCCAUAGAGAUCGGCUUCGAUUUGUACUACGACAUUUAGAAUUAACAACAGAUCCCGAUCGGCCCGAAUUAUUUAGAAAAGAAAAAAGAAAAGAAGUUGAACAUUUCUUGAGGACAUAUUUAAAGGUGGAUGGUGUUCUCAUUCUACGAAUGAUUGCAUUACAUGCUGGAGUGAUGUAUUGUACUGAAAUUACGGAUGCUUUAUGGAAACGUUAUCUUUCACAACAUCCAGAAAAUUUAAUUGAUGAAAAUUCUUCACUUAUUAAUUUCGCAAGAACACAAACAAUUCGUCGAAGACGCGAAUUGGAAUCGAAUAGUCAUCAUUCGAAUAGUUUUCGAUUUCCUAAAUUAUUUCAACAACGAAGCGCCGUUUCACUUCGGUAUCGUUUAUUUUAUGAAUGGUAA